AUGGCGAAACGCGACUAUGCGGCUGCCGUUGGGGCGCUCAACACGCUGCAGUCCAACUUCUCCAUCGUAGACGCGAUACGGAAGUCGGGCAAGGGCAUGAACAAGCAGGCCAUCCCGGAGAUGAUUGAGUGGUGCCGCAAGAUUGGAUACGAGCCUUCCAAUUUCGACCGACUAAAAGCUAUACACAUCGCUGGGACCAAGGGCAAGGGCUCUACGAGUGCCUUUGUUUCCUCCAUCCUCGCUCAGUACAUUCAACCGUCCUCCGCGUCGCCCGCAAGCCCCACCAAGAUCGGACUAUACACCUCUCCACACCUCCGCUCCGUUCGCGAGCGCAUACAGAUAGACAACGAGUCUAUAUCGGAAGAGCUGUUCACCAAAUAUUUCUUCGAGGUAUGGGACCGGCUAGAAGCGGCAGCAGACGCGGAGAAUACCCCGGAAGGCACACCGACGAAGCCAGUGUACUUUCGCUACCUGACCCUCACGGCGCUGCAUGCCUACCUGGAGGAGGGCGUCGACUCGGCAGUCAUCGAAUGCGGCAUUGGCGGCGAGUACGACAGCACCAACAUCCUGCUCAAGCCCACCGUCACUGCGGUGACGAGCCUGGGAAUCGACCACACGGCUAUGCUAGGCUCGACGCUGCCCGAGAUCGCAUGGCAUAAGGCGGGCAUAUUCAAGCCUGGAAGCGUAGCGUUUUCCGCCCCGCAGAAAGAGGAGGCUAUCACAGUGUUGCAGGAGCGCGCAAAAGAGAGAGAUACUGAGCUACAUGUCAUCGAUGUCCACCCUGACCUCGCCAGCAACAAGAUCAAGCUCGGCCUCUCCGCUUCCUUCCAGAAGAUCAACGCGUCCGUCGCCAUCGCCGUAGCAGCCGCCCACCUCCGCGCCCUAGGCCACACAUCCAUCCCUGAUCCCACGUCCACGCCGCACAUAGAGCUACCUGCCGAGUUCAUUAAGGGGCUGGAAGACGUCCGGUGGCCAGGGCGUUGCGAAGUCCGCCGCGAGAAGAACGUCGCUUGGCACAUUGACGGCGGGCACACUCUCGAAAGCAUCGAGGUCACGGGACAAUGGUUCGCCGAGCAGAUGGCGGCCGCGAACGCUGCUCCAGGGUCCGCAAAGGCCGCGCCGCGCAUCAUGAUCUUCAACCAGCAGACGCGUGACGCGAACGCCCUAGCAAAGGCCCUGUACAAGGCGCUGCAGACCGGCAUCACAGCCGAUGCGACGUCGCCUUUCACGCACGUCAUCUUCACGACCAAUCAGACGUUCAGCGAAGGCUACAAGCCUGAUCUUGUCUCCAUCAACACAAACCAGCAGGACGUGGAUAGCCUGGCUGUGCAGAAGGCGCUGGCCAAGACGUGGUCCGAGAUCGACAGCACGGCCGAUGUGAAGGUGCUGAAGACAAUCGAGGAGGCUGUGACGACUGCGCGGGGCAUCGCGGGUGACUGGGCAAGAGAGGCCGGCGCAGAGGCGGAGGUCAUGGUGCUUAUCACCGGAAGUCUGCAUUUGGUGGGAGGGGCGCUCGAGAUGCUGGAGACGCAUCCGGCGAAGUGA